GACCUGUCUUUAAAAUCCCCUCCUAUUUCAGUCUGCUUACUGGUUCCUGUUGGAGGGGGUAUGGACUGAGGUUGCUGGAAUGGGGACUGGAUCUGAUGCUGAACUCCAAGACAUACACAGGAGUUCCUUACAGAAAGGACAGCAGCAGUUUAUCCAUUCACUGGAUCUCUCUUUCACAUCAAAACAGGGACAAUGAAAAACAGAUGCCUGAGCACAUUUUCUGAGUGUUACUGGUAACUUCUUUUAUUAUUUCUCCCCCCCCCCCAAACUUAACAGACUGCACAAUGCUCUCUUCUUCCUCAAAGGAAACAAAAACAUACAUUUUUUAAAGACACUUUUUAUGUGAUCCAAGUAUAACCUCCUAGCCAUUCCACAUGAAACCCCAAAGAAGAGAUUAAACAGGAAAAAAUAAAAAUCACAUUUUGGAGAAGCUACAGUCUUUUGCAGCCUAAAGGGAGAGAGGGAAAAAAAGAAGAAGAAAAAUCUGAAUUUCAUUUAAAAGCCUAAGAAAAAAGGGGGAUCAUGUUACUUGCAAAGUUGCUACAGAUCGUUGGAUUUUCGCUGGCUUUUAAUUCAAUGAGAAGAUGCACAGCCACAGAUGGGGUGAAGCUGCAAUCAUACAUGCCCAAUGUAUGUCCAGAGCGGGAAACGGCCAUCGUAGCUCACAAACAGCCAGUGACCCAAGCCUUCAGCCGCAUGGUCAAAGUAUGGAAACAGGGAUGCGCGGGACAGAUGUGGUGCGUUGGGUACGAGAGGAGAACAGCAUACUACACAACAUACAGACAAGUGUACAGCAUGGAUUAUCAAAUGGUUAAUAAAUGCUGCCCAGGAUGGUCCCAACGCAAUGACGAAAAAGGCUGUUACCACUCGACGUGCAGCUCCGGUGUUUGUUUCAAUGGAGGAAACUGCGUCGAAGGCGCUUCCCAAUUAUGCCUCUGUCCGUCCGGCUUCCAAGGGCCACGGUGCCAGUACGAUGUUAACGAAUGUGAGAAUGAUAACGGAGGAUGUGGACACCAAUGCUGCAACACGAUUGGCAGUUUCUACUGUAAAUGUCCUGAAGGUCGGAACCUAAAAGAAGACGGAAAAACGUGUCAAGAUAUUGAUGAAUGUCAAGUUCAUAAUGGAGGCUGCCAGCAACGAUGUGUUAACACCCCAGGAUCCUAUCACUGUGAGUGCAAGCCCGGCUUCCGACUUCAUUCAGACAGCAGGUCGUGCAUUGCUGUCUAUUCUUGUUCGAUCGCCAAUGGGGGCUGUGAACAUGACUGUGUACAGCUUUCGGCGGCCCACUACCAGUGUCGUUGUAGACAGAAUUAUCGUUUAAAGUCAGAUGGCAAGCAUUGCGAACUAAAUAACCCCUGUUCUUCAAGAAACGGGGGUUGUUCCCAGCUAUGUGUCGGUGAAGGAUCCCUUGCAAAGUGCGCCUGCCACCCCGGGUACACCCUGGCAUCUGAUGGGAAGACCUGUGAAGACAUUAAUGAAUGUGCGGCUAGCCCGGCCAUGUGUGCCCACAGCUGUCUCAACACCCCUGGAUCCUUUCUCUGUGGCUGCAGCCCUGGGUAUGAAUUGGGGUCUGACGGAAAGCAAUGUUUCAGAAUUGAGAUGGAGAUCAUCAACAGCUGUGAAAUCAACAAUGGAGGAUGUUCCCAUCAAUGUCGACACACCAACACCGGUCCCCUUUGCAUCUGUCCCCAAGGAUUUGAGUUGGACGUUGAUGGGAAAACAUGUGCAGAUGCUGAUGAGUGUUCCAACGGUGUGUCCUGCUGUCAGCAAGAGUGCUCGAAUAACGCCGGGGGCUACGAGUGUGUUUGCUACACCGGCUACAGGCUUAACCCCGAUGGCUGCGGGUGUGAUGAUGUUGAUGAGUGCUCUUCAAAUAAUGGUGGCUGUGGUCAUCUCUGCGAGAACAUUGUGGGCUCGUUCCAGUGCGUCUGCCACCCCGGGUAUACACUGGAUGAUGACGGCAGGAGCUGUAUAGCCACCCAUAACCCUCAGGAAGCAAUCUAUGGGCAACAACCUCUCCUUCGUUCCAUUCCCCAAGUUACGUUGUUACGAGAUGAGUUUGCACAUUUUAAUGAUGAUGAAUACGAUGAUGACGAGGAAGCAGAAGCCAGAGGAGAACACACGCUUUCAGAAUCAUUUGUGUGUUUUGAUGGAACUUUUGGGCCAGACUGCACCUUAACCUGUGACGAUUGCUCAAACGGAGGAGUGUGUAAUACAGACAUGGAUGGCUGUAUGUGUCCGGCGGGCUGGACCGGUCUUAUAUGCAAUCAAACUUGUCCGGAUAACACAUUUGGGCAAAACUGUAGCCAGAAAUGUAACUGUAAAAACGGAGGAACGUGUGACCCCGUUACGGGAAAAUGCCGAUGUCCUCAAGGAGUGACCGGAGAAUUCUGUGAGGAUGGUUGUCCUAAGGGGUACUUUGGCAAGAGCUGCAAGAAGAAGUGUAACUGUGCUAACAAGGGCCGAUGCCACAGACUGCACGGCGCCUGCUUGUGCGACGCUGGACUUUAUGGCCGUUACUGUCAUUUGGCUUGCCCAAAGUGGACCUUUGGACCUGGUUGCUCAGAAGAAUGCCGGUGUGUCCAGCAGAAUACCCUGGAGUGCAAUAAAAAAGAUGGUCUUUGUACGUGUAAACCGGGUUACUAUGGGACUUACUGCCAAACAAAAUGUGAUGUCGGAUUUUAUGGAAUCGGCUGUAAGAGCAAAUGUAAUUGUCAGCUUGGAAUACCCUGCGAUCACACCGAUGGGAAGUGUCAGAAACCGUGCCCAGAAGGCUAUCAGGGGGAAAACUGUGACCAAGCAUGCGCAGAAGGGAGAUAUGGAAUGAACUGCCUGAAAUCCUGCUCUUGCAGUGGGUUGCCAUGUCACCAUAUAACCGGCACGUGCAUUUGUCCACCUGGAAAAAUUGGUUCAGACUGUGCCAGAGAUUGUCCCGCCGGCCACUGGGGAGCCGGCUGUCAGGAGAUCUGUCCCAUGUGUGAGAACGAUGCCAGCUGUAACCACGCAACUGGAAAAUGUACGUGCGCACCAGGGUUUACUGGCAGCCUUUGCAAAGAAACGUGUCCUCCUGGAUGGUUUGGCCAAGACUGCCGGAGCAGAUGUGCCUGUCUGAAUAAUGCCCAUUGUAAUGCGGUAACGGGGCGGUGCACAUGCCCAUCCGGGUGGACAGGACACAACUGCAAAACAGCGUGUGACGAUGGCCGCUGGGGUCCAGACUGCAUCCAUCCUUGUAACUGUAGCAACAGCGAUGGAAACUGUAACUCCGUUACCGGGCAAUGUAUUUGUGAAUCGGGAUAUACAGGAACGCACUGUGAUGAGAAAUGUCCUGCCGGAUGGUACGGCUCAGAUUGCAGACACCGGUGCCAGUGUGCCAACGGGGCAGUCUGCGAUCACGUUAGCGGGGCAUGCACCUGUGCGCCAGGAUGGAGGGGUACAUUCUGCGAACUACCCUGUCCUGAUGGUUUCUAUGGCUCUGACUGUGAAAAGAGCUGUAAAUGUGGGAACGGAGCAAAGUGUGACCAUGUAUCUGGAUCGUGCACGUGCCUCGAUGGGUGGAUUGGCCCUACGUGUGACCAGAAAUGCAAACACAAUCGGUAUGGAAGUAUGUGUAAGCUGCCUUGUAACUGCUUUAAUGGAGCAGCGUGUGACCAUAUCACUGGGGAAUGCAUCUGUUCACCCGGCUGGAGAGGAGCCACCUGCCAAGAAGCUUGCAAGGAUGGAUUUUAUGGAGAAAACUGUGUUCACCAAUGUAUCUGUAGAAAUGGAGGAACAUGCCACCAUAUUACAGGACACUGCUUGUGUCCGUCUGGUUGGACAGGAUUGGCCUGUGAACGCAAAUGUUCACAAGGAACGUAUGGUGACGGGUGUCAAAAGAACUGCACCUGUGUGAAUGGAGGGGUCUGUGAACAUGAGACGGGCUCCUGCAUCUGCCAAGCUGGCUGGACCGGGGGAUCGUGUCAGACGGCCUGUCCACCUGGAAGAUUCGGUGUGCGGUGUGAAGAAAAGUGUGACUGCCGACACGGUGUGUCCUGUAACCAUAUUACCGGAGUGUGUCACUGUCCCAAAGGUUGGCGGGGAAAGCAUUGUGAUAAACCGUGUCUUCCUGGGACAUACGGGGACCACUGUUCACACCUCUGCAACUGCCCCCAUGGGACAGCCUGUAACCACAUCACAGGGGAGUGCGGAUGCCCACCGGGAUUCACAGGCAACGGAUGUGACCAAACUUGUACCCCCGGGACAUACGGCUUAAAUUGUGGCAAAGCUUGUCACUGCGCAGGAGAACAUCAAAACUGCCAUCCGGCGACCGGGGACUGUAUUUGCGCUCCUGGCUACUAUGGACACAACUGCCAAUUAAAAUGUGGCCGUGGACUGUAUGGUGCAAAUUGUGAAAGCAACUGCAAAUGUAAAAAUGGCGGUCAUUGUGAAGCCACGACGGGAGCGUGCCACUGUCCAGCGGGCUAUGUCGGAGCUGACUGCAGCGUUGAAUGUCCUUCAGGCCGACAUGGGAAGGACUGCGCUCACGUGUGUUCUUGUGGUCCAAGUGGCACCUGCAAUCAUGUUACUGGUGAUUGUAUAUGUCCUCCUGGGCGGACCGGACAGAACUGUGAAAACGUAUGCAAGAAAAACUAUUUUGGAAAAGAUUGUAAACAGCGCUGUACCUGUAAAAAUGGAGGACUAUGUGAUCCAGUUAAUGGCUCCUGCAAAUGUGGUUUGGGGUGGACAGGACCUACUUGUGAUGAAGAAUGUCCCUCCGGACAAUAUGGCGCCAAUUGCCAAAUGGAAUGUUCUUGCCAAAACAAUGGAACGUGUGAUAAAGUCACUGGAGCUUGCCACUGCCUCACAGGAUACUACGGCAAGUCGUGUGAACACGCGUGUCCACCUGGUUUCCACGGAGUAAUGUGCCAAGAACUUUGCACUUGUGAUAAUGGAGCUUCGUGUGACCCCGUCACUGGCUCGUGUCUGUGCCCUGCUGGGUUUUAUGGAGACAAAUGUGAAAAAGGCUGUGAAAAGGGAACGUUUGGAGAAAGUUGCCAUCGGCUUUGCGCGUGCGAAGGAAACGUGUCUUGUGAUCCCGUCUCAGGAAAGUGUAUAUGUCCCCCCGGGAGAACUGGAAAAAGCUGUGAUUCAGAAUGUAAAGUGAAUCAUUUUGGCCCAAACUGCACUUUUAGCUGUGAAUGUGGAUGGAGCUCCCAGUGUGAUCCUUUGACUGGAGGAUGCAUCUGUUUAAAUGGAUAUCUAGGACCAACCUGUCAUGAAGGUGGCCCACCUCAACUGAUAUCAGCGCAAACUGGUGGACUUUUAAAUGUGCAACCUCAAACUUCAUAUAAAUCUCCAGUUCAAUAUUUGAUACACUCCAGCAAACAUAGGCCAUAGACAUCUUCUAGGAAACAUCAAUCAUUUCAAGUCAUUAUUAAACCACUAAUUAACAUUUCUUACAUGGAUUGCAAUAUGCAUUUAAGGCCAAAUGGAUUUCAGAGGUCGUAACAGUGGCACAUAAACUGGAUUCAGACUUUGAAUGCUUUAAUUAUUCAAGUUAAUUGGUGAGGAACGUCAAAGCCUAAUGAAAAAGCACAGGGGAUACGAGAUAAUCUCCUUCAAACUAUCAGAAUGAAAGGACAGCCUGAGAAAUUGCUCAAUUGAUUGAGCGAGAAGACCAAAAAAGACAAUUCACGUUCUACAUCAUCUGAACAAUGAAGUCCGCUCUGCCUUUUUUUUUUUAAGUUCAUUUUGUCUUCAAUUCUGUGGAGUUUCUUCAAACAGCAAAAGAGAACAAAUAUGGCAGACAGAUAUCAAACACGUUGAUGUGUCUUUUGCCAGCAGAAUUCUCCAUAUGACAUGGAAAGUGCCACUGACCCAUCCAGAUUUCUCAUGGUUAUCUCAUUCUUGAUGGUUUCGUAAUAUCUAUUAAUGUUUAAAAAUCUCGAAGUCGAAAAAACAAACUCGCAGCCACCACUUAAGGCUCACUUGUCUGUUGACCAUAUGUGAGAACUCUUGAGCUACAAAGAUCAAGUUAGGUUUUUUUAAGAGAUUGCUUAUUGAUGUCUAGCCAUAUAUAUGUCAAUGAAGCUAAUUAUGAGGUCAUCGCUAUAGUCACAACAUUGGAUGGAGGUCCUUUUGUCCGUUGGUACUUGUUCAAUUGUCUGCUACAAUAUGUGCCAAUAAUCUUCUCAAUUUUAAUGAACGGGACCAUCCCUAUAGAACAAAGAAGUAGCUUCAUUCAUUCACAACACCCUUUGUUGGCUUUCAGCCCUUUUGAAAAUUUGACAAAGGCAUUUCAGAUGAAGCGGAAAGAAAUGGACAAACGAGAUGACUUGGAAAGAUCCAAACUUGUGAUAAAUUGGGAAUGUAUCAACUUGGACGUUAUUUAGUUAAUGACGUGAAGAUUAAAUCAUCCUGGCAAGCGUUUACCGUUAUCAUUGUCAAAAAUCACCACUAUAUAUGUGUCAAAUUUCCUAUAGUUCUGACUUAAUAUUACUUAAAUGGUCAUUUAAAAUGUAAACCAGGUAAAUAUUUCAUUUCAAGUAUGAUUGAGAUUUGUAACCACACCGCGGUCAGACUACAGUUCUCAUAAUCCGUAGCCAAUCAGCAGAGGCGUGAAGUCAUACUAUAGCAAUCAUUGUCUUUGAGUUUCCAUUAAGCACAGAUACCUUGAAAGUGAUAUUCAGAAUUUAUCAAAACUUGUUACUGUACGGCACAAAUACAUUAAAUCACAAAAAAACACAAAUUUUAAUGAACGCAAUGAGAAAUUAGUAGAAAAUAUCUAAAUUGUAUUGUUUUUAUGCUGCUGUUGCAGUCGAUUAAGUGUUCUAGCAUGCAUUGAAAAAUGCAUCCUCAACGAACUUUGCACAAUUCAUGAUAAAUAUUAUAUUUAUUUCGGGAAUUAUACUCGUUUUUUUGGCCGGUUGAGGUCCUUCCGAGUUCGGUUGUUCCAGCGCAACUUUACAUGCACUUUCCUUUGAACUUGUCAGGGUUCCAGGCACAGGUUUUGACCUUGGUUCACCUAGGUGCUAAUACUAAUACUGUUUUGACCUAGGGGUUGAUUAUGAUCUCAUCCAAACGAAGCCCCGUUUGGUUUAUGUUACCCCUCAAUA